UACCCUAGCAACUCAUCAACCAACUACCAUCAACCAUGGUGUCCACCAGCUUUUUGUUCGCCACCCUCGCUGCCCUCAUGGUCGCCCUAGGCGGUGCCCAAGGUGGAGUAGUCCCUGUAGCAGCCCCAUACGCUGUGGCUCCCUUCGCCUCCAGCUACAACGCUCACACCGUCCACCACAACAUCGCCACCCCAGUCGCCGCCCCUGUGGUUGCCGCCCCCUACGUUGCGGCCCCUGCUGUUGCCGCCCCCUACGUUGCUGCCCCCGCUGUUGCCGCCCCCUACGUUGCGGCCCCCGCUGUUGCAGCCCCCUAUGUAGCCAGCCCCUACUACGCUCCUGCUGCCUACCCCUACACCUACCCUCUUCUGAAGUAGACAUGCGAAAUGUUCUUAUUACGGAUCUCUUUUCCUUAAAUAAAUUUCUAUAGUCUAUGAUGUUUA